UUCAAAUACCACCUCAUACAACUGUUAUAAUCUCAGAAGUUUCCCCUGAAGCGUCAACAUUUGUUGACUCAUACCGUGGGACAAUUGAAUCUAUGGAUAAGGAUGUUGAACUAGUUGAACUCAAAGCACAUCCUUGGCUAAUGGAAUUUUUACUUAAAAAUAAAAUUGCACUAAAAGAGUCAGUCAAAAUAGGGUUUACAUUAAAACCUCACGAUGGCUCUGAACUAGAAGACUUACCAAAUGGGAAUUCCCGGUUAACCGCUAAUAGAAUGUUAAGGGCUCGAAAAAUUCUUUCAUAUAUAGUGGAGAAACUCGAACUUGAUCAGCCUGAACCAGGAAAAAAUGUAGGAGAUAAGACUCUAACGGAUACAGUAGAAAAGGAUGAAAAAACGAAGAGUUCUUUAAAACCUGAAAUGUGGUUGGAAUUGGUCUGUUCAGAUCAGACAUUGCCUCCUACAAUGACAUUGGCUACCAUAAAAUCACACAUAUGGAAGCAAAAUGGAGAUUUAGUAAUGACAUAUAGGUAUUUAAAUGAUGUUUAA